CAUACGGCACGGGAAGCAGGGGCGUGGGCGUGUCCACGAUUAACCCGCACUGCCAGCUUGACUAGCGCGAUGUGGUUUUCAUUUCGAUGAUUUGUAGAUGUUUUUUGUUUUUGUUUUCCUGUGGAAUUGUUUGCGGACACACAACCACGCGAGGGGACGCGGAAGCAUCGGCCUGAUGGAUGUUGUCCAGUGGCGUUACUGACGCGCGCGGCCAUCGCAUCGCAGUAAUAACCGCUCGUAAGCCUGUAUUAGCGCAUUAAUCGCUGGGCCGGUGGAGCAUUAAUGUUGUCGACAGUCAGCCCUGACCUGUCUCCAGAGACUGCCCUGCUCGGCUCCCUCGCGCUCCCGGUUCCCCGCCCCCCGGCGGCGAGUGCUAGCGUCCCGCGAGCGCAGCGGAAGCCCAGCGAGACCGGACCGGCGCGCGGCAGCAUGGAGGUGGGCAUGCGUGUGGUGCGCGGCCUGGACUGGAAGUGGAGCUCGCAGGACGAGGGAGAAGGGCACAUCGGCACGGUGGUGGAGAUCGGCCGGCAGGGCAGCACGACCACGCCGGACAAGACCGUAGUAGUGCAGUGGGACAGCGGGACCCGAACCAACUACCGCACCGGCUACCAGGGCGCCUACGACCUGCUCCUGUACGACAACGCACAGAUCGGUGUCCGGCACUCCAAUAUUAUUUGUGACAGUUGUAAGAAGCACGGCAUUAUGGGAAUGCGCUGGAAGUGUAAGGUGUGUUUCGAUUACGACCUGUGCACUCAGUGUUACAUGAACAACAAACACGACCUGACGCACGCCUUCGAGCGCUACGAGACGGCGCAUUCACAACCAGUGAGCCUGACGCCGCGGCAGAACCUGUCCAGGAUCAUCCUGAAGGGCAUCUUCCAGGGCGUGAAGGUGGUGCGCGGCCCCGACUGGGACUGGGGGAACCAAGACGGAGGCGAGGGAAAGGUUGGGAAGGUCGUGGAUAUCCGCGGCUGGGAUCAGGAGUCGGGUCGCAGUGUGGCGAGUGUCACAUGGUCUAACGGGACCACGAACGUCUACCGGAUGGGUCACAAGGGCAAGGUGGAUCUGAAGUACGUGUCGGACGUUCAGGGAGGAUUCUACUAUAAGGAACACCUGCCCAAAUUAGGCGAGCACGCGGAGCUGCAGAGGCAGGACAGCGCGGACACACACUCGUUCCAGCAAGGGGAUAAGGUGAAGUGUCUCCUGGAGCUGGACAUCCUCCGGCAGAUGCAGGAGGGACACGGAGGCUGGAACCCCAAGAUGGGAGAGUACAUCUCCAGAAUUGGGUCUGUGCACAGAAUAACGGACCGAGGAGACGUGCGAGUCCAGUAUAGUAACAACAUCCGCUGGACGUUCCACCCCGGAGCUCUGACCAAGGUCAACACGUUUGCCGUGGGCGAGCUGGUGAAGGUUCUGGAUGACAUUGACAGUGUGAAGAGACUUCAGGUUGGCCAUGGCGAGUGGACAGACAGCAUGGCUCCUGCGUUGGGUCAGGUUGGAAAGGUUUUGAAAGUGUAUGCCGACGGGGAUCUGCGUGUGGCGUUUGGAGGUCAGACGUGGACCUUUAACCCCGCGUGUCUCUCUGCACAGCCUGGUGAGGUCGACGCCAAUCUGAUGACGGCUGAGAACGCCAGCGAAUCAGGAAGUACGGUUAUUUCGGUGCUGGAGAAGCUGCUGUCUCAGUCGACGGAGCAGGAUCACCCGGGACGGCUGGUUAUCGAGGCAGCGCACGGGAGCGCCGUUAAAGUGCGCGAAAUGGUGCAAAAAUACCCUGACAAGGUGGAUAUAAAGAACCAGGGUAAGACGGCUCUGCAGGUGGCUGCCCAUCAGGGGCACGUGGAGGUGGUGAAGGUCCUGCUUCAGGCCAACAGCAGCAUCGAGGCCAAAGAUGAGGACGGAGACGCCGCGCUACACUACACAGCCUUCGGGAAUCAGGCUGAGAUCGCUCGUCUCCUGCUCAGUAAAGGAGCCUCGGUGAACCUGCUGAACAACUCCAUGUGUACGGCGCUGCACAUCGCGGUCAAUAAAGGCUUCACGGAUGUGGUGAGGGUGCUGACGGAGCACUCGGCCGACGUCAACCUGCAGGAUUCAUAUGGAGAUACACCCUUACACGACGCCAUCGCUAAAGACUUCAGAAGCAUCAUUGAGAUUCUGACGGUGGUGCCGAACAUCGACUUCACCCAGCAGAACAACCGCGGGUUCAACCUCCUGCAUCACGCGGCCCUGAAGGGCAACAAGCUCGCGACGGAGAUGAUCUUGGCUCGAGCGCGACAGCUGGCUGACGUGAAGAAGGAUGAUGGGUUCUCCGCUCUUCAUCUCUCCGCUCUGAACAACCACCGGGACGUGGCCGAGAUCCUCCUCAAAGAGGGUCGCUGUGACAUCAACAUCCGCAACAACCGCAACCAGACGGCGCUGCAGUUGAGCGUGAAUCAGGGUCACAUGGCCCUGGUGGCGCUGCUGGUGACGGAGGGCGCAGACGUGAACGCGGAGGACGAGGACGGGGACACGGCGAUGCACACGGCUCUGAGCCGCCAGCAGCUGAGCGCAGUCAUGGGCAGCGCCGAGGGGGAGGGGGCCGCGCUCUACAGCAGGUUGAGUAGCUCAGGGCUGAUGGGAAACACGGAGCUGAACGUCGGCUCUGCCAUCGCUUGCUUCUUGGCGCAGGAGGGAGCCGAUAUCAACUACGCCAAUCAUAAAGGAAAAAGCCCACUGGACCUGGUGACGGACAGCAGCGUACAAACCCUCAUCAGGAGCUUUGCAGAGAAACACAGACUGCAGGCCGUCACGUGUGGCACGGGCACCAGCAGUGCCAGUCUCCGGCGGGUUCACACUACGCCCAACACCAUGACCAACCUGGCGGUGCCGAGUGUGGCGGGUCCCAGCGAGUGCCUGAUCUGCUCCGAGCUCGCGCUGCUAGUGCUGUUCUCCCCCUGCCAACACAGCGUCGCGUGUGAGGAAUGCGCUCACAGAAUGAAGAAGUGCAUCCGCUGUCAGGUGACGAUAACGAAGAAAAUCCGGCAGGACCAGACGGAGGUGGAGUGCAGCCCGAGCUCGGAGAACUCAGAGCAACACAACCUGCUGGAGCAGCUCCAGUCCCGGUACCGGCAGAUGGAGGAGCGCAUCACCUGCCCCAUCUGCAUCGACAACCACAUCAAGCUGGUGUUCCAGUGCGGGCACGCCUCCUGCAUCGAAUGCAGCGCCGCGCUCAAGACCUGCCCCAUCUGCCGGCAGACCAUCCGCGAGCGCAUCCAGCUCUUCGUCUGACCCGGGCUUCGUCUGACCCGAGGAGUCGAUUCAGAAUCAGCCAUGGAUGCGUGAAAAUCCAUUCUGGAGGAUUUGGACCUUGUGUUUCCGAGUAGCAUGAGGACGUCUGCUGCUCCGACUGGCUAAACAUCUCUAACUACAGUAUUAUGGAGCGAAGAGUGAAGCGAGAUAUAAAGUCAGAUUUGCGUGAAAUAAAGUCACAAUUCGGACUUUUAUUCUCACAAUUGCGUGAUGUAAAGUCAGAAUUGUAAAUAUACGGUCCCAAUUGCGUUACGUACAUCACGUAAUUGUGAGAAAAAAAGUCAGAAUUGUGAGAUAAAAAGUCGCAGUUACCUUUUCUAUCCUGUGGCGGAAACAGGCUUCCAUACAAUUCUGACUUUUCUCGCAACUGCAAAUUUAUAUCUCGCAAUUGUUACUUGUUUCUCCGAAAUAUGAGAAACAAUCUCGCAAUUCUGACAUUUCUCGCAAUUGUGAAUUAUUAUAAUUAUAUUAACGCCCAAUUGCGAGAAAAGUCAGAACAGCAAAUUUGCAAACUUUAUAAAUCGCAAUUUGCGUGUUUGUAUCGCACACCUCUAAGAAAAAAGUAAUAAUUGCGAGAUAUAAAUUUGUAGUUGCGAGAAAAGCCAUGAUUUAUGAUGCAAUUUAAAUCAUCCGUGAAAUUCCCUGCUGGAGAUUGGGACCUCGUGUUUCCGAGUAGCAUGAGGACGUCUUAUGGAGUAUACAGUACAGUAUAGUAUACAGUAUUAUGGAGUGAGGAGAAGUUCACUGGCUCAUGCCAGAUACAUACCCAGCAUGCAACGUUCUGUGAGCUGACACGCAAUACCUGGGCCAUAUUUUACUCUAAAAUCCGAAAAAAGUAUAUUAAAGAUAUUACGCCUUAUUUUAAUUUUUGUGACGUUUUCAUCAUCGAUUCUCAUUACGUUGGUGAAGUGUCCAUGGAUACAUGCUAUCAUCUAAUGAAACAUUGGUAACACUUUACAAUAAGGUUCAUUAGUUAACAUUAGUUAGUGUAUUAAGCAACAUGAACUAACAAUGAGCAAUACAUUUGAAACUGUAUUAGUUAAUCUUUGUUAAUGUUAGUUAAUACAAAUCCAGCUGUUCAUUGUUUGUUCAUGUUAGUUCACAGUGCAUUAACUAAUGUUGACUAAUACAACCUUUGAUUUUAGUAAUGUAUUAGUAAAUGUUUAAAUUAAUAUUAACUAAGAUUAAUAAGUGCUUUAGAGGUAUUGUUAAUUCUUAGUUCGUAUUAACUACGGUAGUUAACUAAUGUUUGUAAAGUGUUACCGAAUCAUUAUUGUAGUACAUUUACAGUGAAUGUAAUUCACCUUGAAACAUGUCAGAUGUGGUUUUGGGGUGAAAUAUGGCCAGAUCUGAUCCAGCACUCAUCAGUCCCUGAGAACGCCGGUGUUUGUGCCGUCGUGUCGGAGAGCGAUGUUGCCUGUACCGUACCCGAUCUAGCAAAGAUAUACAUACUGCAUGCUGACAAGCAUAUUAUCGACAUCAUAUAUUGUGUCACAGAGAACAUUUGUAGUGUUAAAAGUACAGAUAACCUGUCAUUUCUACCCGUGUGUGAUUAUGGCUCUGUCUGUGUGACUGAAAAGGCGUUCAGGGCCGAUAAAAGUAGAUUAAACUGUGUCAGCAGAGGUGCUGAAUGCUUCA